CGCACCGGCCGAGACCCCCGCCCCCUCCCGUCGGCACAACACAAACGCCGCCGAGCCGCCUCAAUCCGCCGCCCCCACCCCCGGCUCCGACCGCUCCCGCCCCUCACGCGCCGCCGCCGCUCCUGUUCUUCCUCGCCGAGACAUCGAGAUCCUGCAAGUCUCCGGGUCUCGUGAUAUUCUUCACCGGUGCCUUCGCUGUUCCUGGAUAAGAUGGUUUCCUUUGAGAUGAAUGACCUCAAGAAGAUUGGGCUAGGCCUGACAGGCUUUGGAGUAUUCUUCUCCUUCCUGGGAAUUGUUUUCUUCUUUGACAAGGGGCUUAUUGCGAUGGGCAAUAUACUUUUCCUGUCAGGUUUGGGUUUGACAAUUGGUCUGAAAUCAACUAUGCAGUUUUUCACAAAGCCUAAGAAUUACAAGGGUACCAUCUCUUUUGGUGCUGGCUUUUUCCUGGUUCUCAUUGGAUGGCCUUUCUUUGGCAUGCUCUUAGAGGCAUAUGGCUUUGUCGUACUCUUCAGUGGAUUCUGGCCAACUCUUGCAGUUUUCCUUCAAAGGAUUCCCAUCCUUGGCUGGAUUUUUCAGCAACCAUUUGUCACAUCGUUCCUUGACCGAUACAGGGGAAAGCGGGUGCCGGUGUAAUAACCUCUCGCGCAAUGUUUCUUAUGAUGUAGCAAAUGAAGUUUCUUUUUCUUCCUUGGGGACAACAGUGAAUAGUUAUGCUAGUGUGGUCUUUUCUUCUACCCAUUUACUUACUGGUGGGACUGUUCUUUGUAAAUUACACCAAAUCCCUACCGACUGGUUUUGUCCAAGACCAAGAUGCAAGUUGUCUGAUAA